CAGGGGUAUACAAAGGUAUACAAGGGUAUACAAAAGUAUACAAGGGUACAAAGAGGUAUACAGGGGUACUAGUGCUACAGCCAUAUUCUCGGGACAUUAUACGUAAUCUUACAUAACGUACUAAUCCACGCUAUUCGCCGGCUGAGCCUGGGGACCCUGGGGAAGAAAAUGGGUCACGUGACACUACAAGGAAUUGAAAAUCCGUGGCCCUCGUACUCCGUACGAUGAUGGUAUUUGAUGCAGUUUUGAGCAAUAAUUCAGCGGCAUUGCUAGUUAAUGUGAUGGUCAAAGACAUGUAAUUCAUCAUCAUUAUAAAAUUCACGAGAUGGCUACAGCUUCCUCUGGGCCAAGCCAUCUUGGUGUGACUGAAAAUCAGAAACGAUGGCUUGUGGCUGGAAUAGCACUCAACAAGAUCUUCAUACCACAGAUACGUCCAUUUGUGGAACAAGGCAUCAACACUGAAUACAACAACCUCAAGACCAGCCACAAUAUUCAGGGACAGAGCACAUCUGGACGUCUUCAACGAUGGCCAGCUAGAAAAGUGUUGAAAUAUGAGAACAUCAAUGGAAAUAAUGUUCAUCCCAGACUUCCUGGUGGAAGAUUCAAUUAUUCUCUGUUUGACUGUCGAGUGAUGUCUCAUGUUGACUUUGCCAGGCUGUAUGUUGAGAACUACAUGGCCCACUUCAAUGCCUUUGAUGACCACUGUGAUGCAUCUGCUGUGUUGAUGUUACUUGGUGGGGUCCCUGCAUUCUCUGCGCCUGUACAAACUGCUGCAGCUGAUGUCAGAAUGGCGAGAAAUGACUGGGCACACUGUGUCUUCAGCAAAUGGGAUCAAGUCAAGUAUCAACAAAGUUUUAUUGAUAUGGAACACCUAGUGAGAGUCAUGGCCCUUCCAGCUGCAGAUGAAGGAAAACUUCUUGGAGAACUAAAAGACUGGGAAACUAAAGGUAAUGUACAUAAAAUGUACACUCAGUGAAUCCUGAUUUCUCGAACCACCCAAUAACUCGAACCUGAAAAGCUGUCCCCUUCCACUAUCGGGCAUUGCAAUUCUCCCGGAUUUCUCAAACUACCCAAAUUUCAAACUAAUUUUUGUUUCCCUCAGAGUUUUGAAAAAUCAGAAUUCCACUGCAUGUUAAAAAAAGUUAAGUGUGUGUGAGAAAUGUGAUUAAUGACCAAGCUUAACUACUGAAUUUUGGCAGAGAACUUUUUUUAGCUCAUGCACUGUAAAAUUAAUGUGGUAUUCUAACUCUUUUUAGUGAAUGUAAGUCUUUUUAAUUAGGUAGUUAUUUACUUUUGAUACAGUUUAAUGCAUUUUCAUGGAGUAAACAACAAAGACUACCAGCCUUACCUUUGCAGUCAGUGGCAUUUAGAUGUGCACGUGCACCAAGAUUCCACAUGCUCUUGGAUCAAAGUACCUUUUAGUGGUUUGCUUGGAGUGAGAGUUUCCUUAAGCAUGAGCAUUUCUUCAAGUGUGGGGACUUUUUUCAAUUUAGGCUCUUCCCCCACCACUACAUACCCUCCUUCACAUUCUACUGUUUUAUCAGUGUGAU